CUCUCUCUAUCUCUGCAAUGACGAAGAAGAAGGAGAGGAAAGUGAACGUCUCGGGAAAACCGAAGCAUUCACUCGACGUGAAUCGCAGCAAUGACACGAAGAAGGAGUCACGCUCCGCCGCCACCGUGCGCCGCCUCAAGAUGUACAACACGAGGCCAGUUCGCGACCGCAAGGGAAAGGUUUUGACCAACGAAUAUCAGUCUAAGGAGCUUCCCAGCACGCGAAUCCAACCUGAUCGCCGUUGGUUCGGGAACACUCGGGUUGUGAAUCAGAAAGAGCUUGAGUUCUUCAGAGAAGAGCUGCAGAGCCGCAUGUCGAGUAAUUACAAUGUUAUUCUGAAGGAGAAGAAAUUGCCACUGUCACUCCUCAACGACCACCAAAAGCAAUCAAGGGUUCACCUUCUUGAUAGACAGCCUUUUGAGGAUGCAUUUGGACCUAAGACUAAAAGAAAGCGCCCCAACCUCUUGGCGGCUGAUUAUGAGUCCUUAGUUAAGAAAGCUGAUGGUUCUCAAGAGGCUUUUGAGCAGAAGUAUGAUCCUAGUGUGUCUGCAGAAGCUAAUGAAGGAGAUGGAUUUAGAGAUUUAGUGCGGCAUACCAUGUUUGAAAAAGGUCAAAGUAAAUGCAUAUGGGGUGAGCUCUACAAAGUGAUAGAUUCUUCUGAUGUUGUUGUCCAGGUAGUGUCUCAUCUUUUUGCUGAGAUUUUGUUUAAUUUUUCACAUAUGUCUAUGUUGACUGAUACUAACAUGAUGUGCAUGUGUGUGUUUCCAUUAGAUAUUAUGAUUUUGUAUCUUAAGGUGAAAAAAUGUGCAUUAUGGUGGGCAUUUCUGCUUCAAAUUUGCAUGUUAUCUAUCUUGCUCUGUCAAUUUAAACAUUAUUUUGAUUUUUAAUAAAGUUUGUCUUUGUCAUGGGUAAAGUAUAAAAGCUUGGUAGCUAUAACGUAUUCCACUUUUUUAAGCAUUUUCGUUAUAUUGUUGUUUAAACGAAGAAUGUAAAGAAAGGGAAGAGAGAAUUAGCGAAUCUAAAAAGACUGAGUUUCAAAAUUGUGAAAAAUGAUAACCACACUUUAGAGAAUUACACAGGGGUCUAUUUAUAGACCUACUGAACUAAGCUAACUUCAGAGAGUUAAUUGACUAUACAAUAUUAACUCACUGAGUUAGAAUCUAAUAGAAAACUAAGUCAGUUACAAUUAGUUACAAGUCAGUUACUUUGUUGUAAGUUGUAACUGAUUUUACAGGAUAUAAACUG